UUCGCAAUGUUCACAUCAGACCAGAGAUGAGACGGGUAGUGAAGUUUCAUUCCUUUCGUAGGUAUCGAUUUUUUGAGUGAAGUGAACGUAGUGUUCGUGUCCUUUUAGUUUAGUGACGUUUGUUAGAAAAAUAUCUGUGAAUGGGAUUGUGUAACAAGAUUAAACGUUUAUUUGGUGUGUGAUUUUCUGUAAAGGAUGACGAAGGACAGGUUAGCGGCGCUUCAAGCGGCGCAAAGCGACGAUGACGAUGUCGGGCCCGACGACGUCAAUGUCGCCGUUGAAGGCGGCUUCAUGGACGAAUUCUUCAGUGAGGUGGAAGAGAUACGAGAAAUGAUAGACAAGAUUCAAGCCAACGUCGAAGAGGUCAAGAAGAAGCACAGCGCCAUCUUAUCAGCGCCCCAAUCAGAUGAAAAAACAAAGCACGAACUAGAAGACCUCAUGGCAGAUGUUAAGAAAAAUGCCAACAAAGUCAGAGGAAAAUUAAAACACAUAGAACAGAACAUCGAACAAGAGGAGCAUUCGAACAAAUCAUCAGCUGAUCUCAGGAUAAGAAAGACACAACACUCGACGCUGUCUCGCAAGUUCGUGGAAGUGAUGACGGAGUACAACCGGACGCAGACCGACUACAGGGAUCGGUGCAAGUACAGGAUACAACGGCAGCUGGAGAUCACUGGCAGGGCGACCACGGACGAUGAACUCGAGGAAAUGUUAGAGCAGGGAAAUUCUGCAGUAUUCACCCAGGGGAUAAUAAUGGAGACGCAGCAAGCGAAGCAGACACUGGCCGAUAUCGAAGCGCGACACGCCGACAUCAUCAAAUUGGAGACAUCCAUUCGCGAGCUCCACGACAUGUUCAUGGACAUGGCGAUGCUCGUCGAAAGCCAGGGUGAGAUGAUCGACCGCAUUGAAUAUCAUGUAGAACAUGCUGUGGACUAUGUACAAACUGCCACACAAGAUACAAAGAAGGCCCUAAAAUAUCAGAGCAAAGCUCGACGGGAUCGUCAAGCAAAGAAAAAAAAGUUGCGUACAUUUUGGUGCCUGCACCCCGCCUGGCUGCAAACAACACGCUGCAUCGGAGCAACUCAUCAAUUAUGCAUCAUGCGUUAUAUUUGUCGUUACAACUUCGUUUGUAAGACACAAAUUGUACUCCACUAUCACGUGAUCUGGAUACCUGUCGGCAGAUCCCGCUAAAGUUAGAUGUUUCAAGUUGUUGAAUAUGAUCAUAAGUUAUAGGUUCACGAACGUUGAAAUUAUUCAUUUAAUCAAAUAAUUUUAGGACGCAAUAAUCCAUGGAUAUACUUAGUACAAUUUGUAGUACAUGCAUUAUAAUAUUUAUUAGGCUGUUUCUGUGAAUUCUUAUAUGUACCAUCUCGCAGUUCAUUAACUCUACCCUAUUUUAAAUGUAAAAUGUUCACCAUCGGAAUUAGUACAUAAGAUGUACUUAGAUUAAUGUGUUCCCCGGAGUGAUGCCGCCGUCGCAUAUUAAAUUUAUGAAAUAACAAGACGAAAAUUUUAGUGCAAUUAGUCUUACAAUCAGACUAUUUGUCAGAGCCACUUUUAUAGUUUUACUUUAUUUAGUUAUAAAUAAUAAUCUUUGUAGUUAGCCUGUGGUGGCCUAUAAUUCUUUUGAUUUUAUAAUCUAAAUAGGAUAAAACUAUAAAGAUAAAAACAUUAAGAAAUAUCUUGCCUAUUCAUCUUAAAGUUAAUAAUGUGAUGGCAACAUUACUCAGAAGAACGCCCAUAUUCUAGUACAAAAACUGUUAGCUAAGCAAAAAGCUUCCGUAUACCAGUCAUUAUGUUACUACAAUUCAAUACUUAUCAAUUAUCAUUCAUAGGUAGUAGAUAUGGCAAAAAUAUAUAAUAUUAUCAUGUCUACGAAUACCUAUAAUUUCAUUGUUAACAUAAACUUAUUACCUAUAAAAAAAUCACUGAACGCUACAAAGUCGAAUGUAAUGGAAUCGGUGUAAUCAAUUAAUAAUGUACGGUGUUGGAUUAGGACUACCUCAAGUUAGACGUGUAACGUUGCAUUCGUAUCGCAAGUGAAGUUGCGUCGAUUGGAGCACAUGAAACGGUUGUAGACCGUCUGAAUGAUGUCCGGCGGCCACGAGCACCGCGCCGGUCGCGUCGCUCGCGGCUCGCUCGGCGGUCGCUCGGCGAUCGCUCGGCAAUCACUCGGCGGUUGCCAGCGGCUCGCGGUCCGCACGCAGCCGCCGACGGCCGCCUCGAUCGCCGCACACAGCAUAUCGCGCCGGCGUGCCGACGCCGUAGCAAUAAUAAAGUUCGAUUACAAUUGUAAAAUUGUUUUAAACUUUCGAAUGUGUGAUAGUAGAUGCAGUUGUUGUUUAGUUAACUUUAUAAUAAUAAUAAUGAAUUGUUAUUGUGAGUGUAACUUUUAAUAAACCGUAAGCGUACUUUAAAACUUUUCAAUAUAAUAAAUAGUACCUAUAUUGUAUACAUACAUACAAACUUUUGGCGCUUUUCGAUCAAAUUUAUGAUUGAUUUAUUAUUAAAUAUUAAUUUCAUACAGUUUAAGAUGCUCUUCGUUGUACAGUAAAACAUAAAGUAGCCGUUUUAGCUAGGAUAAAUUUUUUAAUAAAUUUGAAGUACCAGUCUUCAGCAAUAUAAGGAUAGAUAUCGAACAGUAUUUUGUGUUUGUAAUGUUACUUAAAUUGUCGUAGAGAAAAUAUCACUCGAAAAUUUAAGCACCAAAAUAUUAUUAGCAUUUUCCUAUAAGAAAGUAAUGUUAUAAAAUAAAUAAAAUUAAAUGAUAUUGGCGAAGAUUUAAUAAAUAUGUAGUCGUCAUAAUGGCAUAAUUGUUGAAACGUGAAUAUUAACAGAGUGUACAUGAGCGAGAGAUUAACGGCACUAAAGGAGCCGCCGCCGCCGCCGCCGCCGCCGCUGCGAAGCGAGCCCUCUCACUGUCUGCCUCGUAACUCGUACGUACUCAUUAUCCUAGUAUGCAGUUGCGUAUAUAAGGACAUGAAGCAAUGUUAAUUUUAACAUUUUAUAGCGUAAUUAGAUUUUUAUCCUUAAGAGUAGGAUUUCAUAUAGUUGCCUUCGUAACAGUAGAGAAACUAGGUAAUACCUUUUCUCUCGUAGCUUCAUUAUAAAUUGAGAUCAGUCGCAUUCUCCACUUGCCAGUCAAUUCUCGCUUGUCUUCCCAACAGGCGCUAGUCCCUUCGCCCGGCAGCCGCCAAUCAUUCAUUUCAUCGCAUACUGUCUCGUGUACUCGAAACCACGUGACGUAAGCUAGAUGCAUCUGAACUCAUCGUAUCUCUAGUAUAAGUAUACUUGGCCUCGAUGCGAGGUCGCGUACCUGACACCAAGUUGACGUGGACGGUAGUGAUCCGCAGCGCGCCGCGUCGCGUCUGCCUCUAUUUUGUCUCGGUAUAUCUCGACCACGACUUUGUUUAAAUGGCAUGCACCGCAGGAAGCCGACCUUGACUCGGCGUAGGGUCUCAGGUCCUGCUUCAAAGAUCAUAGUAAGUUUGUUUUUAUACGCCUGGUCGUUUUCCUCGGCGCCUGCCCUUAAGCCCCAAGUCAUAGCCGAGCGAGAGUUUGGAACACGUUCGCACAAGAGAUGCGCGGAACUCGCUCCCGCACUCCGCCCGGUUGCCGGAGAGAUUCGCAACGCUGCGCUUUCAUGCCGCUCGUGGGGAAUCUCUUCGCCAUCAGCUCGUUGUAAUAUAAAGUGUUAGUAUAGGCAUAACCAGCUUCUAGUCAGCUUUCAAUGAUCUCUAUUAUUCUGAUAAUCUUAAUAUUGCAGUUGUAUUCCUCUGUUACUAGUGUACAUAAGUGACUUCUCGUGUUCAUGUGUCGGGCGCGGGAGCCGCGCGCCUGCGGUUCGUCACCGGCACGGCGUUCUAACAAAUCUCAAUAUAAUCGUAAAGCAUAGAUAUUUUCAUAAUCAAUAGUAUUGCAUAUUGUUGAUUCGAUUGCUAAUUUUGUAUAAGUACACAACUAGUAUAGUUUAUAUACUUAUGUGUCAAUUCUUAUAGCAUUUUAUUACAUUAUAACAGAUGAUAGAUAGUAAGUGUUAAACGUAAUCCAAACGUAAUUACAGUGCUGUUUAUUAAGCUUAUUCAACAAUUUUGUGUUCAAUAUUGAAUGAAUGAAAAUUAACUUAUAAAUCACGUAUUCUUCAAUGGUAAAUACUAUUUAAGUAUCUAAUAUGUAACACUAAAUUAUAUCAACACAUAUAGACGUAAUCUGUUCAUCAGUCAAGUUGGUAGGUCUGUUAAAAGUUAAAAAAAUAUUUCUUCAUUAUAUACCUACUUAUUGAAAUAACUCUGCUUAGUAAAUACGUGGAACAACGAACAAUACAAAUUGAAUUUGUAGCAUUUUCAGUUUUAAAUUUUAUAUGCUGUAGUCAAAACUCACAAUUGGUCAAGAGAACUUUUGAUUGCAAAAAAGUUUGCUGGUAUUUUAGACUUAACCUAAACCAUUUACAACUGUUUUGCAGUUAAUAAAUACCUACUGACUGGUUAAGAGUUUAGCCUAUGACAUAUACCUACUAAUUUCGAAUUAUUAUGUCGUUAGGCAUAACGUUGGUAAAAAGAACAUUAAUUAGUCUUAAUUUUUUAGUUUUAAUAAACGAGUGCUACUACGAGAAGUAUGUAUUUCUAGUUAUGAGAAUUCUACUGUAUAGAAAUCUGAGAUAGGCCCUAGAGCCACUCACUUCACUGGCACACAAGAUACACUAAUGCUGUAACAUUCAUCAUGUUAUUUACAAGGUGUACCUACUGUUACUGUGUAUAAAUUAUUUACAUUAUAUAUAAAACCUGUUUGGGAGUCCUGGUCAUGUAUCAAAAUUGUAACACAAGUCACUGACUACUGAUAUAAAGUAGCAAAAUGUAAAGAUUUCGUACAGAGUUUGCCAUAGAGGAACCCAGUUAUGGUAUUCAAAUGACAACUUUUCUCAAAAGUAAUUUGGUCUUUUAUAUACAAAAGUCAUUUUAAAUGAUUGGAUUUUAUACAAUCCACACGGUCAUGUAAUCAAGUGACCGUAUAGAUUGUAGGAUUUUUUUUAUAUUUCAGCUUUGGCUCUUAGGGAAAGUUGUUCACUUUUAUGAAUACUGUCACUAGGGUUUUGUUUUGAUAUAUAUAUAUAUAUAUAUAUAUAUAUAUAUAUCCCCUUUAUAUCGAAUUCGGUACAUUUUGCGGUACACCUAAAUGGAAAGUUGUAAAACUUUUAGGUCUCUUAACAAAUAGGUAAGUACACUCUGUGCAUAACAUUUCGAAUAAAUUAUGCUAGAUAUAUAACUUCUACAAAUGCAAGUGCUAUUUUAGUGAAAUUGUUUUCAAAUUGAUCUUCAUGAUUUUAUUUUAUAUACGCGCGGACACUACGGCAAAAAUUGAGAAUGCUGUUCGUAUACUUAUGUCGUUGGCAAUUUUAACGACGGCAUCAUUCUAUAACUUGCUAAAGGAUAACUGUUAUGCGAUUGAUUUUAUUGAUUACCACAUUAUUCUCAUGUAUGUACUUAGUGAGACAGACCUAUUGCAAUUACAAAAUCAGCUUAGCAAAUUUUAUUCAUCGCAUUUAUUUUUAUGCUACUUUCAAAAGGACGAGGUUUUUUAUUCUAAAGCGAAAAAAGAAAGACGCAUCUGGUGUACUGGUUUUUACUUAACUAGUCGAUUGUUGACGACAUAGGUAUUAUAAAAACAAUACAAUGGUUGAAUUAAAUCGCAUGUCCGUGUGUCCAAGUUAAUUAUCAGUAGAGUCGCUAGACUUCAAUUGUACUUUAUACCUAGUUAGUAUUCGUAAAAUAUUUACAAAAUUUCCUCAAUUUGUGCUUUGUUCUUUCAAACUUAUCGAUGUUGCUUGACGUUGAAUGAUGUGAAACAUUGAAAUGUAUUAGAGUUUAUUGUUUUAUUUUAAAUCAUGUUGUUUUUAAUAAUUAUUUAGUUUAGACAGAAAUGUUGAAAUAGUUUAGUACUUAUCUAUUGUUCUACUGAUGUUUCUUGUACCAAAAUAAGUACUCAUUUCAGAAUUUAUAUUCAAAUUGUAAUCCUCUUUACGAAAAAAAUUGUCUUGUAAUCUUGUAAAGGAACACUGAAAACUACCUAUAAUUACCUACUAUUAAAGUUGUAUUUAUUAAAAAACAGUGAGGUUCAGGACACACAUUGUAAAAUUCAAGUUAGAUUGGUUUUAUAGUCAUAUUCAACGUAGGUUAUCAAUCUGAAAUUCUCUCAUAAUUAUAAAAUAAACGGUGUUUUCUGCUGUA